AUGUCUAAGAAUUAAAAAUUAGAUUUGGGUGUAGUAACUGGAUUUCUUAAGCCAUAAGUUACUAUAACUGAUUUUUAAGCUAAAUACAGUCUGCUAUGGACUAAAGAAAGAUAAUACUUUAAUGGAACAAGUUAUAAGUAAUAGAAUAAUGUAUUUGCUGUAAUCUAGAAGUAUAUGUAAUGGAGAAAACUAAAAGUUAUAUAGGUCUAGAAUUCUUGGCCAGAUAAUACUUAUGUUAAGAGACUAGAUUAUUUCAAGCUCUAAAGAAGACAGCUGACUCCUGGUUAAGAGCACUUUGUCUUACUAUAUUCUAGUGAAUGUCUUUAGUCUAGAAUUGUCUAAAACGUUUUUAACAAAUUUGUGAAAACCUUCCCUAUGAUAAAAGAUUUUAUUUAUGAAGAGAUUGAUGUUACUAGUGAGAUUAUAUAGGGAUUUCACAUUAAUACAUAUACUCCAUAAUUACUUCUAUUUAAUAAGACUGAUCUAAGAGCUCCACCUUAAAAACUAUUCUCUAAUCUUGUGAAUGGCUCUUACUAUAAAUACUUAAAAGGUACCUCUGAGAGUUUUAGAGAACAUUUGAUACUUCAGAAGGAAAAUAGAUUAAAUGCUAAAAGUUAACAUUAUUAUUGUGGGAUCAACUUUUGUGAAGAUAUUCAUCAUAAUGCAAGUCUUGCUCAAAAUUAUCUGCAGAAUCAUUUCGUAGACUAUGACAAAAUAGUUGAAAGAGAUGCAUUGGAAAAUAAAGAAUUAGUUGGCUAUAGGGCAAUUCCUAUAGGUAAAAUGGAUGGAUAAGAGGUGAAUUUUCCCUUGUUUAGAUUAGUAAAAGUUAACUCAGAUGGAAAUUAUGAGGAAGUCAAGGUUCUAAGAUUCUUGAAGCAAGGCUAUAUGGUCGUGGGAAGAAUGUCAUUUAUGACCUAUCCUAAAUUUGUUGAUACCUUGUCUCAUUCACAAAGCAACUUGGCUUAUCUACUGUAACCCAAGACAAAAGAUCUUAUUAAGCUUUACUCUGCUUGGUUUCAUAUCGUUCGAGAUCCAGACAAUUAUAUAGAUCCGAAAAUGCCUAGAAUUAUGCUACCUAAUUCGGAUUCUGAGGGAGUAUUUAUGCAAAAAAAUUUAAGCAGAGGUUUGUAUAAGAUUGAGCCUUUAGAAAAUAGGAUCUAUGAUAUAGUACUUGUAUUUUAAGACAGAGGCAAAAAUGUAGAAAUGUGGAAUAGAGAAUAUAAAAACUGGACACUUAGUCUUGAUUGCAUUAAUAGAAUUAUAAAGAAGACAAACUAUACUAUUCUACUAAUUGGUAAAAGCUAACUACCUAAGAGGCUAAAUGAGACUGGCAGAUUGUUUACAUUACCAAAAUUGUCCCAACUUGAAUUUUUUUAGUAACUUUCGAGAUGCAAAGUCUUAUUUGUAACUGGAGCUCUUGAUGCCUCUCCAAGAGUUUUGACAUAAGCAAUGUUUUUAAAUGUGUCGAUAGUAGUAAUUAAUUCAACACUUGGAGGCUGGCAUUAUGUCAAUAAUUUAACUGGUGCCUUCUAUAUUAACUAGCUUGAUUUUAUAAGGAUAGUUAGUGAAACUAUAGAAAAGGUAAAUCAUCAAUAAUUAAAUCCUAGAGGAUGGUAUUUGGAUUUCCUUGAAUAAAAACCGAAAGAGAUUCAAAGUUUUAUUAGUAUGAUGAGAAAGCAAAACUUUUAUGAUUAUGAUGAUUUAGGUAACGAUGGUUCUAUUAACUUGCAUUUGAAUUGA